GCAGAAGCGACAGCGAAACUCCUUACUGGGACCAUGUCCACUGUGGUAGCUCAGUCGCUGCAUGUUUUUGGUCUUCGAUCCCACGUGUCCAACAAUGUGUUCUUCUUCGAUGAACAGAUCAUUAUAUUUCCUUCAGGAAAUCACUGUGUGAAGUACAAUGUGGAUCAGAAGUGGCAAAAAUUCAUUCCAGGCUCAGACAAGAGUCAGGGCAUGUUGGCCUUGUCCAUCAGUCCCAAUCGGCGAUACCUCGCUAUCUCCGAGACUGUGCAAGAAAAACCCGUCAUCACCAUUUAUGAACUGUCAACCGUUCCUUGCCGAAAGCGCAAAGUCCUUAAUAAUUUUGACUUCCCAGUUCAGAAGUUUAUUUGCAUGGCUUUUUCUCCAGACUCCAAAUACCUCUUGACCCAGACCUCACCUCCAGAGUCAAACCUUGUCUAUUGGCUGUGGGAAAAACAGAAAGUAAUGGCCAUCGUUAGAACUGAUACUCAGAACAAUGCUGUCUACCAGGUGAGCUUCAAUCCCCAGGAUAGCACUCAGAUUUGUGUCACUGGAGAUGGGAUGUUUAAGCUUCUCCGUUUUGCUGAGGGAAUCUUGAAGCAAACUAAUUUUCAGAGGGGAGAACCCCAAAACUAUCUCGCCCACACUUGGGUGUCUGACGACAAGAUUGUUGCUGGCACUGAUACAGGCAGGCUCUUCCUCUUUGAGUCUGGAGAUCAACGCUGGGAGACAAGUAUCAUGGUCAGGGAGCCCACCAGCGAGACGAAGAACCUGGGGGUGAUCCAGGAAUCCGAGAGCCUGAUCGAAUUUCCAACAAUCACCUCCCCAGUCCCUUCCUACAAGCAGGUCGUGAUGGCCAGCAGCCACCACCAGCUGUCCCCGCCCCAGGUGUCUGCCAUCGCAGCCUAUUCCAAGGGAUUUGCCUGCUCUGCUGGGCCAGGGAGAGUUCUACUGUUUGAGAAGAUAGAAGAGAAGGAGUUUUACCGUGAGAGCAGGGAAAUCCGGAUUCCUGUGGACCCACAGAGCAAUGACCCGAGUCAGUCAGACAAACAGGACGUGCUCUGCCUGUGCUUCAGCCCCUCUGAGGAAACGCUGAUCGCCAGCACCAGCAAGAACCAGCUCUACAGCAUCACCAUGUCCCUGAUGGAGAUCAGCAAGGGGGAGCCUGCCCACUUUGAGUAUCUGAUGUACCCGUUGCACUCAGCAUCCAUCACUGGUCUAGCUACUUGCAUCCGCAAACCCCUCAUUGCCACCUGCUCUGUGGACCGGUCUGUUCGCAUCUGGAAUUACGAAUCAAACACCCAGGAACUAUUUAAGGAAUACCAAGAAGAAGCUUAUACAAUCAGCCUUCACCCAUCUGGACACUACAUUGUAGUAGGGUUUGCUGACAAACUACGCCUUAUGAAUCUACUCAUUGAUGAUAUACGUUCUUUCAAAGAAUACUCUGUCAGAGGGUGCAAAGAGUGUUGCUUUAGCAAUGGAGGUCACCUGUUUGCUGCAGUCAAUGGGAAUGUGAUUCACAUUUUUUCCGCCACCAGCCUGGAGAACAUCUCGAAUCUGAAAGGACACACAGGGAAGAUUCGUUCAAUUGCAUGGAAUACAGAUGAUAGCAAACUGAUUUCUUGUGGCACAGAUGGUGCUGUAUAUGAAUGGAAUCUGUCCACAGGAAAGAGAGAGACAGAAUGUGUGCUCAAGUCCUGCAGUUACAACUGUGUUGCCAUCUCCCCUGAUGGCAAAAUCAUCUUUGCUGUUGGAUCAGACCAGACUCUCAAGGAGAUAGCAGAUUCUUCAGUCCUUCGAGAGAUGUCAGCGUUUGGCGUAACCUACACAGCCAUCGUCACCUCCCAUUCCGGGCACAUGUUGUUUGUGGGCACCUCGGUGGGAACCAUUCGUGCAAUGAAGUACCCGCUGCCUCUGCAGAAACAAUUCAACGAGUACCAGGCCCAUUGCGGUCCUAUCACCAAGAUGUCGCUCACCUUUGAUGACCAGUUCCUGCUGAGCGUCGCCGAGGAUGGCUGCCUGUUCACCUGGAAGGUCUUUGAUAAGGAUGGUCCGGGAAUCAGGCGACAGAGGGAGGCGGGCUUUGCUGAAGAGGUGCUGGUUACCAAGACGGACAUGGAAGAGAAGGUUCAGGUUAUGUUGGAGCUGAAGACUCGUGUGGAAGAGUUAAGAAUGGAGAAUGAGUAUCAACUUCGACUAAAGGACAUGAACUAUUCUGAGAAGGUUAAGGAACUAACAGACAAGUUCCUCCAGGAAAUGGAGUCCUUGGAAAUGAAAAACCAGGUUUUAAGAGCAGAAAAAGAAAAGCAGGAUGCACUCCAUCGUGAACGCAUGGAAGACCUCCUGGAAAAACAGAGCCGGGAACUGCAGGACUUGGAAUGUUGCAACAACCAAAAGUUGCUUCUAGAAUAUGAGAAGUACCAGGAGUUGCAGCUCAAGUCCCAGAGGAUGCAGGAAGAGUAUGAGAAACAGCUUCGGGAUAACGAUGAGACCAAGAGCCAGGCCCUGGAGGAGCUGACUGAGUUUUACGAGGCCAAACUGCAGGAGAAAAUCACCCUCCUGGAAGAGGCACAGGAAGAUGUCAGGCAGCAGCUGCGCGAGUUUGAAGAGACCAAGAAGCAGAUUGAAGAAGAUGAAGACCGUGAGAUCCAAGAUAUCAAAACCAAGUAUGAGAAGAAGCUUCGGGAUGAAAAGGAGUCAAACCUGCGGCUCAAAGGAGAAACGGGCAUCAUGAGGAAGAAGUUCAGCAACCUGCAGAAAGAGAUUGAAGAGCGAACCAACGACACUGAGAUUCUGAAGGGAGAGCAGGUGAAGCUGCAAGGAGUCAUCAAGUCCCUGGAGAAGGACAUCCUGGGUCUCAAGCAGGAGAUCCAGGAAAGAGACGAGACGAUUCAGGAUAAGGAGAAGCGAAUCUAUGAUCUGAAAAAGAAAAAUCAAGAACUGGAGAGAUUCAAGUUUGUGCUUGGCUACAAAAUAAAGGAGCUGGGGAGGCGGGCGGAGCCUCGAGAGAGCGAGAUCGAAGCGAUGACGGGGCAGAUUCAAAAGAUGGAAACUGAACUGGAGCGUUUCCAUAAGCAGAACACACAGCUGGAGCUGAACAUCACAGAAUUGUGGCAGAAAUUAAGAGCUACUGAUCAGGAGAUGCACAGAGAGAGACAAAAGGAGCGGAACUUGGAGGCGCUGGUCAAACAGUUUAAGACGGACCUUCACAACUGUGUGGCGUACAUCCAAGAACCCCGGCAGCUGAAGGAGAAGUUCCGCGCUCUCUUUGAGAAGUACGUGCAGCGGGCAGACAUGGUGGAGAUCACAGGGCUGAACUCGGACCUGCAGCAGGAGUACAGCCGUCAGCGGGAGCACCUGGAGAGGAGCCUGGCCACCCUCAAGAAGAAGGUGGUCAAGGAGAGUGAGCUGCACCGCGCGGAUUACGUCCGCAUCAUGCAGGAAAAUGUCUCCCUGAUCAAGGAGAUUAAUGAGCUCCGCAGAGAGCUGAAGUUCACCCGCUCCCAAGUCUAUGACCUUGAAGCAGCCCUGAAACUGACCAAGAAAAUUCAACCACAAGACGUUCCAGAGACAGUGUCCGGCAAAGACUUACCAGGCUUGCCUCCCACCAUGAGACUGAAUGAGCAAGAAGAAACCGGGAGAAUCAUUGAGAUGCAGCGCCUGGAGAUCCAGCGCCUCAGAGACCAGAUCCAAGAGCAAGAGCAGGUCCCAGGCUUCCACCCCUUCACUGGGAUGCGGCUGCCUUCCCUCCUGGGGACAGAAGCAGACUUAAAGCUGCAGACCAAGUGA